GAGUUGCAUUAUCAUCUUUAUAUUCACAAGGAGUUCUUAACGAUUUUGGAUGAAGUUGAUUGGAUGGAUGCAAAUACCACUCAAAGAGCAAGAGAAAAGGCCAAUGCCAUUGUUUCUUACAUUGGAUAUCCUGACGAGCUUUUGAACAACAGUAAAGUUGGCGAACUAUACACUAAUUUAUCAUUGGUAGAGAGAAGCUAUUUCACCAAUGUCCAAAACCUUCGAAAAUGGUCAACUGAUUUUGCAUUCAACAAACUUCGCAAACCCAAUCUUAAAGGAGAAUGGACCAAACACGCUCGAGCUGCUGUAGUCAAUGCUUAUUACAAUGCUCUCGAAAAUAGUAUUGAAUUCCCUGCAGGUAUUCUUCAAGGAUCAUUCUUCAGUAAAGAUCGACCAAAUUAUCUCAAUUUCGGUGCCAUUGGAUUCGUUAUUGGUCAUGAAAUCACUCAUGGUUUUGAUGAUCGAGGUAGACAAUUCGAUAAAGAUGGUAACAAUAAAAACUGGUGAUAAAAAGCAUGGUUAAAAUAUUUCUUCAAAGCAAUAAGGAUACCAAGU